AUGCGAGGGCAGCUGCCGAAUGAUGGUUAUAAUGAUUGGGGUCAUCUUGGUAGAAGGCUUAAAGAGCAUGAAAUGAGCAAUGAUCAUCUCGUCAAUGCAAGUUCUUGGACUGAUUUGCGUCUUAGAUUGCAGAGGCUUGAAACCAUUGAUAAAGCUUUUCAAGACCAGAUUAGGUUAGAGAAAAAACAUUGGAGGAAUGUGCUAAAAAGAGUUAUUGCAUUUGUGAAAUUUCUUGCUAAACAUAACUUAGCAUUCCGUGGAACUAAUGAGAGGCUGUAUCAACCCAAUAAUGGACUUUUUUUAGGCCUAGUUGAGAUGACUACAGACUUUGAUGAAGUGAUGGAGGAGCAUUGUCGGCGCAUAAAUAGUUCUGAAAUUCAUCAUCACUAUCUUGGCCAUAACAUUCAAAAUGAGCUGUUGCAUAUGAUAAGUGUUGAAAUCAAAGCUGAGAUCAUUAAAAAAAUUAAAGAUGCUCAAUACUUCUCUGUGAUUCUUGAUUGCACACCAGAUAUUAGUCACCAGGAGCAAAUGUCAUUGAUACUUCGAUGUGUGAAUGUUUCAACAAGUCCAAUACAGGUUGAAGAAUUCUUUUUGGAAUUUUUAAAUGUACAUGACACAUCUGGUCAAGGACUUUUUGAAGAAUUAGUAGCAGUGAUACAAUCAUUAGAUCUUGAUAUUAGCAAUGUGAGAGGACAAGGAUAUGACAAUGGGUCAAACAUGAAAGGUUCUACAAAGAGAUGGCAAAUUCUGAAUGACAAUGUGAAAGGAUUCACUCUCGAAUCAUUAUCCACUACACGAUGGGAGAGCCGUAUUGGGAGUAUUAAGCCUCUUCGAUUCAAUGCUGCUGAAGUAAGAGAAGCAUUAUUGCAAUUGGCAGAAAGUGACAAGGAUCCUAUAACUAAAAGUGGUGCAAAGUCAAUAGCAACUAAUGAUCUGGGAGACUUUGAGUUUUUGUUAAGCAUGGUGAUUUGGUAUGAGAUAUUAUUUGCUUUCAAUAAAGUUAGCAAAAUGCUACAAUCCCAAGACAUGCACAUCAGCGUUGCAAUUGGUGAAGUAAAGGGUUUAAUUGCUUGGCUUGAUAAGUUCAGAGAAACUGGCUUCAUAGAUGCGAUCAUUACAACUAAAGAAAUUGCUGCUACAUUGAAUGUUGAACCUGCUUUUCCUGUAAGGCGCCCAAUUCAGAGAAAAAGAUUUUUUGAUGAAAGCAACAGUGGGUCAAUACCAUCAUCUUCAGCUUUGAAUUCCUUGAAUGAUAAUGAUUUAAGAGCUGCUUGUAUGAAUCUUGAGAAUGUUUUGAGACUUGGAGAGAGUUCAGAUGUUGAUGGAGAAGACAUGUUUAGAGAGAUAAAACUCUUAAGGGAGAUAUUGCCUAAAGAGAAGAUGAUAGCUACUGAUAUAUUGAAUUUCUUACAAGAAAGAAAUUCUUAUCCUGUAGUUAGACUUGCAUAUCGAAUAUUGUUAACUGUGCCUGUGACUGUUGCUUCAGCUGAGAGGAGUUUUUCCAAGGGCCUCUUUUGA